AUGAAAACCAGUCAGAGAAUCUUGCUUGCCUUCUUUGCCUUGAUUCUCAUGCACGCUGUGAGUGUGACAUGUUCUUCACUGUCACUGCACCAAGAGACCCAAGUUCCAGGGAGAUACAGAAAUCAACCCAGAAGAUUGCUAGCUUCAGUGGCCUCAUUUUCUGCAAAUCCGAACAAGCCCAGCGAAGCAAUGGAAGAUCCCAAGAAAUCUGUAGAGACAAGUUUAAGGAAGGCCCCGCCCAGCAAAUCAAAUCCUACCCAGAACCGGUAA